AUGCUUGUGGUGGAUCCUAUGAAACGGAUGACUAUCCCAGAGAUUCGUGUGCACCCAUGGUUUCAAGCUCAUCUUCCACGCUAUUUAGCCGUUCCACCACCAGAUACAGUGCAACAAGCUAAAAAGAUUGAUGAAGAAAUUCUUCAAGAGGUGGUUAAUAUGGGGUUUGACAAGAACAAUGUUAUUGAUUCUCUCCGCAGUCGGGUUCAAAAUGAGGGCACUGUUGCAUAUUAUUUGUUAUUAGACAACCGGUUUCGUGCUUCCAGUGGCUAUCUUGGAGCUGAAUUUCAGGAGUCCAUGGAGUAUGGAUUCAAUCAUAUCACAUCAAAUGAGGCUGUCCCUUCACCUGUAGGGCAACGCCUACCGGGAUAUAUGGAUUAUCAAGGAUUGGGGUCGAGACCCCAGUUUCCAGUUGAGAGGAAAUGGGCUCUUGGACUUCAGUCCCGAGCCCAUCCUCGUGAGAUUAUGACUGAAGUUCUCAAAGCUCUGCAAGAACUGAAUGUUUGUUGGAAAAAAAUAGGGCACUACAACAUGAAAUGCAGGUGGAUACCUGGUAUUCCUGGUCAUCACAAGGGCAUGGCCAACAAUUCUAUGAGCAGUAAUCAUUACUUUGGGGAUGAAUCCACUAUCAUAGAGAACGAUGGUGUUACAAGAACACCCAAUGUUGUCAAGUUUGAGGUGCAGCUUUACAAAACUCGCGAGGAUAAGUACCUGCUCGAUCUACAGAGGGUCCAGGGGCCGCAGUUUAUCUUCCUGGAUCUUUGCGCUGCCUUUCUUGCUCAAUUGCGGGUCCUCUAA